AUGUACGUUGCAUUGCAGAGGAAACCGGUGACCUGCAAAGUGGCUCAAUGUCGCCAUCUGCUGGUUGUUUGUAGCUUUUACCACCGCAAUGCACCAAUAUGAGACCCAGAACCCUGUGCGGUGUUGUUGUUUCUGUGGGGGAAUAUAAUAGUGUAACUCCUUCCUAUUAAAGUUGUGUUGAAGUUUGCUUACAUUUUUGCGCAAAGAGUAGAAUAUAUAUUUUAUUAUAUAUAUAUAUAACGCUAGUGUUUAUGUAAUUGUCAUUUUCAAAACGCGAUAGCGCUUAAUUUGUUUAUAAGUUAAAGCUAGAGCUUAUAGUUUUAAUUACAGAGUGUUGGCAAUGGCGCUAAAACAUUUCAGGACGUUGACCCCAUUUUUAGGGGCUACCUGUCACAGUAAAACAUUUGGAUGGUCAAUACAGGCGAGUUGGUUACCAGUAAAAACCUACAGCACUGCAACGGGAGGUGAAGACACUGGAACAGCUGCGGGACAGACUGUGGUCGCAGAGCGCAGGGGGUCCGUGGUCACCGUGGGGAUAAACCGGCCCGAGGUGCGUAAUGCGGUGAACCAGGAGACGGCGAGGCGUCUGCUGGAAGAACUGGAGGCCUUCGACAGUGACCUAGACUUAAACGUUGCUGUCCUGCAUGGGAAAGGAGGGAAUUUCUGCGCUGGUUAUGAUUUGAAAGAGCUGGCCAAUCACACAACCUCCCUCAAAUUGGAGCAAGAUGUCACCAAGGGUCCCGGUCCGAUGGGUCCGUCCCGUCUGGAACUGUCCAAGCCGCUGAUAGCAGCAGUUAGUGGCUUUGCUGUGGCCGGAGGGCUGGAGCUGGCUCUGCUGGCAGAUCUGAGAGUGGUGGAGGAGAGCGCCGUCAUGGGGGUGUUCUGUCGCAGGUUUGGAGUUCCCCUGAUUGACGGAGGCACGGUGCGUCUCCCGCGUCUCAUCGGUCUGUCACGAGCCCUCGACCUGAUUCUGACCGGACGACCAAUCGGAGCACAGGAGGCUCUUGCCUACGGACUGGCUAACAGAGUUGUUCCUGAUGGACAAGCUUUACCGGCAGCCCUGCAGUUAGCAGAGCAGAUCAGCGCCUUCCCUCAGCAGUGCCUGCGGGCCGACCGCUCCUCAGCCAUGUACAGCUGCUUUGAUGCUCCGUCCUUCACACAGGCCAUGCAGUUUGAGAUCGACCACGGCAGUCCUGUUAUCCCAUCAGAAGCUGUAUCCGGUGCGACCAGGUUCACUACUGGAGCGGGAAGAGGAGGAAAAUUCUCCUAGUGUUUAGUCUGCAGAUGGCUCGUGCAUUUCAGGUGAUCUAACAAAUCUACAGGUACAUUUAAAAAAAUGUGAAUAUUGUGAAAAAGUUCAAUAUAUUUUGUCAAAAAUUUCAGAAAAUGCAUUACACAUAGAGAUAUUUCAAGCCUGUAUUUCUUGCAAUUUUGCUGAUUAUGGCUUACAGAUAAUGAAAACCCAAAACUCUGUGUCUCAGAAAAUUAGAAUAUUACAUAAGAUCAAUAAAGAAAAAGGAUAUUUGAAACACAAAUGUCAUGCUUCUUGUGAAAGACGUCUGGCUCCUCCACUGCUGAAGGCCUCUGUGUCUCAAACCACUCUUCUCCUCUGUACUGCCCCGGUGGUGGAACCAACUUCCAAACUCCAUCCGUUCCGCUGAGUCCUUCUCAAUCAUUAAGAAGAGACUGAAGACCCAACUCUUUACUGAACACCUUCACUCUUGAUCUACACUGCUCUUGCGACCUAAAAGCACUUGUGUCCUAAUGGACUCAAACUUAACCCACGGCACUAACUCUUGCUAUGUUUCUUGACUUUAUCCUUGCUUGUGUUGUAUUACUCUCAUUUGUACGUCGCUUUGGAUAAAAGCGUCUGCUAAAUGACAUUGUAGAAUUGUAGCUUCUAAAAAAUAUGUUCAUUUAUAUACACUAAAUACUUGGCUGGGCCUCCUUUUGCAUGAAUUAAUGCAUUAAUGUGGUGUGGCAUGGAGGUGAUCAGCCUGUCGCACAAUGUUACUCUGACAGCAGCCUUCAGGUCAUCUGUGUCUGGUGUCUCUCACCUUCCUCUUGACAAUAGUCUAUAGAUUCUCUAUGGGGUUCAGGUCAGCCCAGUUUGCUAGCCAGUCCAGCCCAGUAACACCAUGGUCACUGAACCAGCUUUUGGUACCUUUGCCAGUGUGGGCAGGUGCCAAGUCCUGCUGGAAAAUGAAAUCAGCAUCUCCAAAGAGCUUGUGGAAGCACGAAGAGCUCUAAAAUGUCCUGGUAGAUGGUCCACUGUGUUUUUUGAAGUCCACAGUCAACGCAGCCAACACCAGCAGAGGACAUGGCCCCAAGUCACCACUGACUGUGGUCUCCAAUAUUGAACUCUUUCACAAUAUUCUAAAUUUCUGAGACACUGAGUUUUGGGUUUUCAUUAUUUUUAAGCCAGAAUCAUCAAAAUUACAAGAAAAACAGGCUUGAAGUAUUUCACUCUACGCGUAAUGAAUCUAUAUAAUGUAUGAGUUUCACUUUCUGAAAUGAUUGACAAAAAUAUUGAACUUUUUCAUGAUAUUCUAAUUUUUUGAGAUGUACCUGUAGUAGUCCACCCCAUCUGGUCAAACCAUAUUAGCUUGUUAUCGAAGCAUCACUUCCUACAUUUUUGAUAUAUUGACUAGUGUGUGUGAACUAUAAGUUAUAGGGUUAUUACUUUGAAUUACCAUUAUUAUUUAAGUUGUGUGUAAGUCGCAGUUGUGACCAGUAAGCAUAGUAUUUGAAAAGAAAUACCAGAAAGAUGAAACACAAAGGUUAGUCUAAGGUAUAUUUUAAAGCCAUAGUUUGCACAGUUUGGUUGUACAACUGUCAGUUAGCAUGCAAUAUUUCAUGUAGCAGCGUGUUUUUAAAUGAGGGCAUUUGGAUCAUGAUGGUUGGGAGGGAAUGGAGCUCCACUUGAAGCAGAGACGGGGGCUUUAACUGUCAUUUUCUUGAUGCCAAACCAAUACAGCCAUCUCUGUCUUCACAAAACUGGUAUCAUUAUUUAUCUGAGUAUGAACCUAUUCCUCUGAUUUUCUUAUUUGUGACUUACAAAUAUACAUGUAUUUAAAAGAA